AUGGCGCCCACCAUACACUCUGCCAAACUGACAGUGUCUUGUCCGCUGUUUGCUGCUGACUUUGAUCCCAGAGACAAUGGUCGACUCUUAGUUGGCGGCGGAGGCGGCGAGGGCCGCAGUGGUGUCGGAAACAAGAUCUCCCUGAUUGAUACAUCGCGUCGAGACGAGAUUACAGAGGCCUUGGAGCUCAAGCUAUCGCGUGAUGAGGACUCGGUGACAUCGCUGGUUGCUGCGCCAGUCGGAAGUGGAGAGGCUGGCUCGCUGGUCACUUUCGCCGGAGUCAACAGCUCGGUCGAGGAACAAAAAAAGAACAACAACCAGCACUUGCGCGCAUAUAAAUUUGAGACACCGCCGAAGGAGAACGAGGCCAAGAAAUCCGAUGAGAAGGUUUCCGGGAAGGCCACUGCUCUGUCGCAAGCAUCACUCUUCAGAACCAAGAAUGGGCCGGGGUCUUCGGACACAUAUCAACGAGUUACGAGGCUGUCGCCAUGGCCCAAACAGCGUGGCAACGAUGGCCAAACCAGAAUUGGAGGAAUCACAACUGGUUUGGCGGCAUCUGGGGAGAUCGUCUUGUUCAAUGUCACAGAAACUCCAAGCGAUAAGGAUGUCAUUGGUCGUAUUCAACUAGGUGACAACGAGGAGGCCGAGGAUUUGGACUUUGUCAGCCUUGAGAACGGGUCAGAAAAGAGUGAUGGUGCGGAUGGCCGAUUUUUGUUGGCAUAUACUAAUGGCCCCGAUGUUAUGGUCGGCGAGGUUAACUCCUCCAGCCGCUCUAACGCGUCUCCUGAUAUUCGCUCUGUAUAUUCCAUUCCCCUGCCAUCCAAUGGGGCCCGCAACGCUCGCCCUAAGUUCCGCGCUCUGCGGUUCCUUUCACCCAGCACUCUACUGCUACUACAGAACGCACCCAACCGCAGUGGUAGCGAACUCGUGCUCCUGCAGCUUCCAAGUGCAACUCAGAGCAAAGCUCAGAUCCUCAGACGCCGCAAACUGCCCCGAACUUUCAAGAUCGGCCUUGGUCUCGAUAUCUGUCAACUGGGAACAAAUCCACAAGGCCAGCAACAAACCGUCAUCGCAGUCAGCGGCAGCGACAACUCAAUCCCCCUCUUUACCUUGGAGUAUGGUCCGAAGCGCGGCUACAGCAACUUCCGCUCAUACACCACAAUUCGCGAUGUGCAUCCGUUCUCCAUGACUAGACUCGCUUUCUCGACCUUCAUUGCACCCCCACACCCCGUCACCCCAGAAGUCGGUCCGCAGAGCAUCAAGCUCGCCUCAGUGAGCAUGGGCAACACAAUUGUCGUACAUACCUUCCCACUCUCUCCAUUCCCGACUUCCUCUCGCACCCCGCGUUACGUCCUCGCCGUCCCCGGUCCAGCAGAGGUGUGGGAGCUGGUCUACAGCAUUGCCAUUCUCCUAGUGUCCAUUUUCGUCAUCUGUCUAUCCAUGCUAGCCUUUGCCGAGAUCCGCGGCGGGACGCCCCCGUUCCUCGGGGCUACAGAGUGGCUCCCCGCCUCCGUUCGUCACACCAUUGCCCGGGAAUACGUCGUUCCCCCGCGUGAAAAGCUAACCUACUUCGAUACUCUGCUUGCACCUCGCGAUGUCCCCGUUGCACAGGCCAUCCCCGACGGGGCGAUUGAGUCCUUGCGGGAGAUCCUCGACCGCGUGCACCGUACCGGCGCUGCACCUGCUGAUCUCGCUACUCCCGAGCCGCAGUCCGUCUCUGUGAUUGUGCGUUGUGGUGAGGGUCACACAGCCGAGGAAAGUGUCAUUAUCGAGACUGCCCAGUCUGCUCAUCACGACGAGCAACCCGAGGAGCAGAAGUUGCAGGCCUGGAAGGAUCUCUCUGCCCCUGAACAGGCUACCUGGAAACAGAAGCUUGAGGAUGCCGGCCGUUGGACUGCCGCGGAGGGUGAAAGUGUCCUUUUGGGUGUACUAUUUAGUGAGGUUUGCGGUGACUUGGGGAGGGCUGUCCAGGCAGAGCUGCCAUGA